UAAACUUAACCAAACCAAACCCCUCUCUUUCUCUUUCUCUUUCUCUCUCCUCUCUAUUAAUCUAUAAAUCUCCCUUCUUCUGUUCCCUUCACACCCGAUUAUUCCUCCUUUUCUCCCCUUGUUCUCUUAAUCUCUCUUUCUUUUCCUCCAAGUUUUCUGCAACUUCUUCUUCCUCAAAACCUUAAUUCUCCAGAACCUUCUUCUUCUUCUUUCUUCCUGGUUAAUGCACUACACUACUUGACGACAACCUAAUUAAUCUCUCUUUUGUUAAAAAAUGAGCUGCAAUGGUUGCCGAGUUCUUCGAAAAGGAUGCAGUGAAUCUUGCAUCUUAAGACCUUGUCUUCAAUGGAUAGACACACCGGAAUCUCAAGGCCACGCCACCGUUUUCGUCGCUAAAUUCUUCGGCCGUGCUGGUCUCAUGUCCUUCAUCUCCAACGUCCCUGACUCUCAACGACCUGCUUUAUUCCAGUCUCUUCUCUACGAAGCAUGCGGCCGUACAGUAAACCCAGUAAGCGGCGCCGUCGGGUUACUCUGGACUGGAAACUGGCAUUUAUGUCAAGCCGGCGUUGAGACCAUCCUUCGCGGCGGAACUCUCCGUCCUAUCUCUGAAUUUCUUGUCGGAGCUCCGCCGUCUCCGAUACCGACUUCUGUUGAAACCGAUGAGAUUUCUGAGGUAUUUUGUCCGCCGAAACCUAACACCACCACCGCCGCCACCAACCCCAACCCCAACACGUGGAGGAAACAGAUCGGCGUAAACAUGAUGAAGCAAGAUCUCAACGGAAACUACAAUAAUAACAAAAGGUCACGAUCAUCCCCACCUCCUCCGAAAUUCAAGAAAGAGGAGGAAGAUUAUAAGCAGCUCGAUCUAAGUCUUACACCACCUACCUUUCUCCACGCGCCGUCACAACAACGACCCGGUACGCCGUCGUUGAACUCCGAGGAGUCAGCCGCCACCACCGUCAGUUUCGAGAGUGAUAAUUACAACUACCAACCUAAGCUCUUGAACUUGUUCCAUUAAAGGUUGAACUGGUAGUAAAAACGCAGCGUUUUGGUUUAAAAAGAAAGUUAAUUAACUUUAGAGACCUUUUUACCCUUCGUAGCGGUUGGGAAAUUUUGUGUUUGAUUUUAUUCUGGUAAGAGAGGCUAUUUUCGGUAUUAGAUUUCCGGGGAGAUUUUUGUAAAUGACCGGCGGCAAAGAUUUCUUACCCUUAAAAUGCGGUGAAAGGAAGAUGAAUGCUGGACGGCGUCUUUUUUUUUUUUUUUUCUUUUUGAAUUUUCUUUUUGGGUUAUUCGGGGAUUCUCUCGAUUCUCAUUGGCCAAGUCACUCUUUUUGAUCUGUGACUAUGACUAUUAUGUUACGAAGUACGGAAUAGAACUUAAAUAAGAAUUUAUUUUUAACUCA